UGGAGCUUCUAUUGCUCAAACCACAUCUAGAAUUCGAUAAGGGGGUAUGUUAACAAAAAUUGCUCAUAAAUAUUGAUUGGGAGUAUUUGUAAUGAUUAAAACGAGUGGUGCUCCGGUAGAUGUAAGUUAUUCUAUUUUCGUAACGUCUUUUGAUUUUUUGGUUACUUGUCCUUGCUUGUUUGUUAGUAGUUCUGUUUCUUUGUUUAAUUAUUUUGACCAGUGUGUAGCAUCUAUUGCCUCUGUGAAGCCGAGGAAGCAUCUUCAGAUCAAGAUAAAGUAUUUAUACUUGCACUGAAACAUUCAAAAAGGAAUCUAGUUCAGAUGAAAAUAUGAUUCACCAUCAUGAAAGCUGUUCCGCUUUGUUCUGCAUUUUUUCGUCUCUUCUACAGAGAUAAAGGGUCCAAGAAAUACAACCUCACUUUCUCAAUUAGGGAGCCAAGACCUUGACAACAGUUGCAUCAAGCUAGAGUAAAGAAAUAGGAAAACACAUUGAAUGUUUGCUUUCAUUAUUCAAGCCAUGUUACAUCGCCAUGUUGCUUGGGCUCUUCAAAAAUAUCUGUGGAUGCGUGUUGGAUCCCCCAAAGUAGUGUAUCUUUAUAGAAUCCGACACGGGUGCGGCAUCAAAAGUGAAUGAGUCAGCGCAACUUAGAUUUCAAGCGUGAUACGACUGCAUCUGAUAGCAAACACUGAGCUUUUGUCAGUAUUUGGAUCUUUAUGACUGGUUAAAAUAUCAGUGUUUUUGUUUUGAAUAUUCAGAGAUUUGAACUGAGACAUAAACAUUAAGCUGAUAACUUUGGAGAUUAUGGAGUUCCCCUCAAAUGAUGCCCAUUACUCAACCUGCCCGGAAUAAAUUCAAGGAGUUGUUUAAUCUUGUCUCCAUCUAAACUUCAGUCAAUUUAGGGAAUCGCAAAGGAAAAUCGUGAACGGUCAGAAACAUGCAAUCAAUUUACGCCAGAGAUGAAUUUACGGCUAAUAAAAUGAGCAGGCAUAUCAUGAUGUAUUAAGAUUAUGCUAGUCGCUAGAGGUUGAACAACGGAGAAGCCUUCAGUUCUUGAUUAAUAGAGGUCAAUUGGCAGCUCUAAUAGAGUUCAAAGGUGUAUAAUACACAAGGAUUUUGGUAUGCUGUUACAACUCUUAGCUCAGUUGGUAAAAGGAAAAAUUCUGCUGCAAUUCUCUAUUGAAUAGAAAGUCACUCAAAUGUGGUCUGACAGCAAAUCAACGGGUUCAUUGGGUCAUAGAAUGAUGGUCAACAUUAGCUUUUAACAGUUCUCAUCCAUACCAGACCAAAAAUGCACCAAUUUUAGAAUCUUCAACUGAUGAAGCAAGUCCUGCAACUGCUACCUCCGAUCAAUCUGGGGACCUGUCAUUAGAUGUCAAAUUCAAUGUUGUUUAGAAGAAGGACCGCAUGCGAUUCAACUUUUUGACGUGGUUGGACUUGUCCAAUCGGAAAGCCCCUGGUGUAUUGCUUCAAUACAAAGUUGGCAAUCAGCGAUUGCGAGAAGCCAGGAUAGUUGGACUCUGUUUGGGAACACUUGCUGAAGUGAGUAUUGAAACCUUUAUACCGGCAUUGCAGUUCCUCUUCUCACCGAGAUUCCGUCUCUGAGAUCAUUUUCUCUAGAUACAUUACACUACUGGAGAGAGUGCAUCUGUCAUGAGCAGUUUGGCAUACUUUCUGGCCAAGGAUAUGAUUGAUCAUAUCAAUACUAUUGUAAGGCCUGCAGUUUAUCUCUCAAUGUUCUACUUCUUCAACAAUCCAAGAUCUUCAAUUUUGGAUAAUUAUCUCAUCUUGCUUUGUGUCGUCUAUUGUGUUACUGGGAUAGCUUAUGCACUUGCCAUCUACUUUGAACCUGGUCAAGCUCAACUGUGGUCGGUGUUGCUACCAGUUGUCUUGACCCUCGUAGCAAGCAAGGACGGUGUGUUCACUGCGAUAGUAGGAGAUUAUAUCUAUUCAAAGUGGGCCUUGGAAGCAUUUAUAAUUGCAAAUGCUAAAAGGUACUCUGGGGUCUGGCUGAUCACAAGAUGUGGUGUACUAAGGAAAAAAGGCUACACGCUUGAUCAUUGGUACCCUUGCUUACUAAAACUCAUCCUUCUCGGUGCUGCCAGUCGCUGCGUAGCAUUUUUGUUAUUGAUAACUUUCCAGAAAAAAUAAAACUUCAUUGUUGCUGUCUUGCUUCAUCACUUGAUAUACAAGGAAGAAUGCCAGUUUACAGUCUCAACCAUGACGAAAAUGUUGGGAAGCCUCAAAAAGUUGGGUCCCUUGUGAAGAUUAUUGUAUAUAACCUUGAUAUGAUUCUUGCCGAAUAUGUAAUUCACUCGAAACAGAUGUAGUUUCUCUUGGAGAAUGAUUCUACCUGGUUCCUGAGCCU